AUCAGAUAAGUUCCGUAGUUAUCCAAUUUACCUUCCUUCUACACAUCUAUAUAUACAUACACCCACGACUAUAUAUAUAAAAUAUAAUAUAUAUAGCGUUCCCGUUCUGCAUCGUCAGCUUCAAUCAAUCUCGCCUAUUUCAACGUCGACGCCAUUGUAUUUGGAUUCUUGAUCGGAGGCGGCGUUACUUUUUUGGUGUCUUUUUGGCUUUAAUUUCUUAGGAGUUUUCUCAGGAAAAAUGAAGGAAAACGCAGGAAACCCUCUCCGUCUGACGUCACUGAACCAUGUCUCUCUCUUGUGUCGAUCCAUCGAAGAAACGAUGAACUUUUACCAGAAGGUGUUAGGGUUCAUCCCUAUUCGAAGGCCUGAGUCCUUAAAUUUUGAAGGCGCUUGGUUGUUUGGACAUGGAAUUGGAGUACACCUCCUAUGUGCCCCAGAACCUGAGAAACUUCCCAAGAAAACUACGAUUAAUACCAAGGAUAAUCACAUCUCUUUCCAGUGCGAGAGUAUGGGAGCAGUGGAGAAAAAGCUGGAGGAAUUGGAGAUAGAGUAUGCGAGGUCGAUAGUAGAAGAAGGAGGGAUCCAAGUGGAGCAGCUCUUCUUCCACGACCCUGAUGGCUUCAUGAUCGAGAUCUGCAACUGUGACAGCCUCCCUGUUGUCCCCCUCGUAGGAGGAAUGGCUCGGUCCUGCUCAAGAGUUAAGCUCCACCAGAUGGUGCAGCCACAACCACAGACUCAGAUCCACCAAGUGGUCCACCCUUAAGUAAACGAUCUCUGUUUUUGUUGCAUGUGUUUGUCUGUGUAUGUAUUGCUGUGUUUGAUUUUGGUUGUAAUGAAUAAGAGACCAAUCGUGGGUCAGUGAAUGUGAUUCUCCUCGAGGAAAUGAUCAUUCCAUUCGCUCAUCUUACUGAAUAAUAUAAUCAAGGGAAUUAAAGCUUACAUAUGUA